UCACUUCUGCCAGAGUUAUCUCAUUUGGACACCCGAGUUUUCCUCUCGCUCGCUUCGUUCCCUAUUUCGCCACCCGAAAUCUGCUACUUAUUUUCCGCGGCUACAUUUCAUCGCGUAAAACUUCAGCGUAAAGCUUCGCGAAAGGAACUUCGUAGAGCUUCGAGCAGGCUCGCAUCCUCAGCAGCGAUGGCGGCCGUAGAUCUUGAGCUUCCAGAGACAUCCUGGGAUAAUUCCCAAUGCGGUCGUCGCAUGACGAAGGCACAGCGCGCCAAGCUGAAGACCACAUACAGACGAGAUCACCCAACGCAGCCCCCAGAACGUCCGGAUCUCAGCAGCACGACGACGAGAUUCUGGGAUGAUUGGAAAAUUUCAGAGAAGGCUAGAGCGGAAUGGGAGAUGGAAAUGGCCCAGCAUGAGGAAAUGGUCCGCUUGGCUAAGCUGGACGCAUGGGAGCGCGUGGCGAGGCCGAUUGAGGGGCGUAAUGCCGUGGCUGAGAGGGUCCGCGAGAAGUUUCAAAAGCAGCUGGUUUUGAGAAAGGCUGAGUGCGCGAGGAGCAAGGAGAUUCGAGGCACCAGCCGCGAGAAAGGCGAACGGCGAACGUUUUAGGGUUUAGCGAGGCGUCCCUGACUUCCAGCGCUGACGGAAAGUUCCAGAAGCAGCUGAUUUUGCGGAAGGCUGAUCUUGCGAGAGCCAGGGAGAUCAGGGGCACCAGCCGCGAGAAAGGCGAGCGGCGAAUGUUGUGAGUGAGGCGCGUCCUCUCUUCCAGCCGUCGCAAGUAGUUCAGAAGUAGCUGGUUUUGGAAAAGGCUGAGCGUGCAAAGGAGCAAGGAGAUUCGAGACACCGUCCAAGAGAAAGGGGCCAGCUUGAAGUGACGGGCUUCGGAAUUUGCAAGUACCGUAGCUGACCUAUUUUGGCAGGCUAGUUUUGAGGCGCCUCAAAACCGUCCAAGAGUAAGGUGCCAGCUUGAAGUGACGGACUUCGGAAUUUGAAAGUACCGUAGCUGGCCUAUUUUGGCAGGCAGCUUCACGCUGUGUUGGUUACAUUGCAUACAUCCACACUCUAGGCAGCAAGGGUGGUACCGUACUUGUACUUGAGUCUCCAUGAGAAGAAAGAGAGCCAAUGGCAGGAACGGCUACAGGAGCAGUUGAAAGGCUUCUGGAGGCCUGGGGCCUGGUGGUUCAACAGUUAGUGUUGAAGUUGGAUUGGGUGGCUGACAGUCUCCCCAGUCAAGCCUGAGGCUUCACGGUCAAGUGCACGGUCAAGUGCCGUUAAGUGCUAGUGCAGUGGGAUGGGAUAGGACAGGAUAGUGACCAGCACAAGUAUGCAGGAGUUUUUUUCUUGUUUUUCUCCUGUUCUUCGUGCAUUCAAUGGCUUC